UUUUAACGUUUUUCGCGCUCGAUCGCGUACGUGCCUAUAGUAAUCGGGAAAAGUAGCCACGCGAUUACGUGUAUUACGGUAAUGUAAUGAAUCUUUCGAGAGAAAAUUUCACCCUGGAAAAAAGGGAGGUUCGAUUCUGAAAGGAUUGGAUUCAAACGUUGUUAAAUUCAUUCUUCUUAAAUUAACGAGUCAAUCGAGUUCAGAGAUGUACAAUUCGAUCGUAACGGGUUAUGUAGUGAAUAUCCUUCAAUAUCGAGCAAAAUGGGAAGAAUAAUCACAAGUUUUUAAAUACUUAUCGCACGAGAUUUCCAAAUUCGCAGCGCGCUUCGAUCGUCCAACGACUUCCGCCUCGACUUUCCAACGCUGUCGCGACACUGUUUCCGACGGACAUUGAAACGCCGACUCUCGAUCGUGCCGACUUUCGUCGUCAACCCCCACCCCCGAUCGUCGAGCCUGGAAAACCAUCGUGGUGCUCGUGGUUCAAGGUCGCGGCUACCAUCCGGAUGGAAAUAGCCAGGCUCGAGAUAUAAAUUAACGAGGUUGUGGGAACGGCUUGACGGGAAGCGACGGCAGACAGCGAGCGAGCGAGCGGAGGAAGCGUCGAGGGCGUCGGUAGCGUCGGUGAAAUCCACCGGCGUGGAUCGCAGCUGGUCGAACUAACACUCAGAAUGGGCCGGUGGCCGCGGCGGUCCGUUUCGAGAUGCUGAAGGAAGUCGGGUGCGGGAGCAGCACACCCCCGCCAGGGGAUGGCGCCGUCAGCAACCGGCAGCUCGGAGGCGGCGAGAACAACAACACCGACGGGGUCCUCGGUUGCGGGGGUUGCGGCAGGGAGAUAGCCGAGCGAUGGUACCUGAGGGCUGCGGACCGCGCGUGGCACUGCGGCUGUCUUCGUUGCUGCCACUGCCGUGUGCCUCUCGCCGCCGAGUUGACGUGCUUCGCCAGGGACGGCAACAUCUACUGCAAAGAGGAUUAUUAUAGGUUGUUUGCCGGAAGAUGUUCCCGAUGCCGAGCGGGAAUCUCCGCCACGGAGCUGGUGAUGCGCGCCAGGGAUCUGGUGUACCACGUGGCCUGUUUUACAUGCGCCUCAUGCGGCACCCCGCUGAACAAGGGCGAUCAUUUCGGGCAGAGGGACGGCCUGGUCUACUGUAGACCCCACUACGAGUUGCUGUGCUGCGCUGGGGAUUACGGGGGCGCAGCAACGAGUAUCGAGGACAUCGGUUCGCCGGGGGUGUCGCCGCUUCCGGCUUAUUACAGCGCCGCCGAGCAGAGCCCGAUCACCUCGUCCGGCAGCGUGCAGAAGGGACGGCCCAGGAAGCGGAAGCUGUCCGAAGUCACCGGAUCCGAGCUACCUGUCACCAUGAGGCUGGCCGCUGGGGCUCUCGAGCUUCUCCACCCGACCGAACUGUCCUCGUCCAUGGAAUCAUUGGCGGCGUACGAAGCGUCUGUCGGCUCACCGGGGCCUGUGCAUCAGAGCCAACGGACGAAGCGGAUGAGAACGAGCUUCAAGCACCAUCAGUUGCGGACGAUGAAGAAUUAUUUUGCUAUAAAUCAGAAUCCGGACGCGAAGGACCUCAAGCAACUGGCGCAGAAGACGGGGCUUUCGAAGAGGGUGCUUCAGGUCUGGUUCCAAAACGCCCGCGCGAAAUGGCGGCGGAACAUGAUGAGGCAGGAGGGCAACACGACGACGAGCAACGUGGGGUGUCCAGGCACACCGGUGCCCUCGAACACGGCAGGCUCGCCGAACGUAGGUCCGGCAGCCAGCAUCCUGGGGGACAGCAACAGCAUGCCGUCGACCUCGAUGGAGGAGCUCCACGCUCUUCAUCACCUACAUUCCGGCGUUUCCUCUCAGGUCUCCUUCUCCGAUCUUUACUGACGACGGCUUGAGAUGGAGGAAGACAGCUACAGCAGCCUUUCCAGCCAUCUUGGAUGAAGGAUCUUCGCUCUUUCUUCCCCUUUCCUCGUCGAUUUUUUUUUCUUUUUUCUCUUUUCUUUUCUCGAAGCGCCCACUUUCAGGGAGGAAGCCUCGAGAGCUCCUUCCUCUUCUUCUUCUUCUUCUUCUUCUUCCUCUCCUGGAUCGAUUCCAGAAGGGAACGGACCACGUUUCCCCUCCCUAUCCACCCUUCCUUUCCGUUAACUAACCGAAGAAGGACAAGUUUCUAUUUAUUUAUCGAAUAUUCCUCCUCUGAGAUGGCGCUGAGAGUCGAAAUCCAGGCGAAGGGGAUUAUUGAAAGAGGGAGAGACCUCUGACCAAUUUCUUGGCGAGCAAUCCAGAUGAUCCAGAUCCUUGGCUGGAUCGAGUCGGAGGAUUUUAGGAAAUCCGUGAAAGAAAGGAAGGAAGGAAGGAAGGAAGGAACGUGUUCGUUUGUUCGAAGAAACAGCGAGAGAUUGACAAUCUCGAUCAAGCUCGUCCCUAGGUUUCUUAAUUAAUAAGAAGGGACGAUCACGCGGCCGAAUGAAGACGUUCACGGUUACUAAUAGAUUGGAAACGAUUUCUUACGAGCUUGUCAAAUCCCCGCAAUUAUCGCAUUCGUUUGAACGAGGCCGAUACUAUUAAACCUUUCAGCGAUUAUAUAUAUAUACACUUUCGACAACAAUCCGCGUACGUCAAUUACAGGUAACAAGAACAAACGAGCGUUCAUCGAUCACCAGUCUCGAUUUACGUGGCGAGCAACGCUAAAAACGAUCGGUCGAUCCAUCAACUAUCCGCAAACGAACGGACAGUUUCGUUUGCGCGAGAACGAGGUUAAAAGCGAGGCCAUCCUCCAAGGCAAUCUAAUCUCUGAUAAAUUUAUCGAUCCUUGCCGGCAACGAAUUCGAGAAAUGAAACGAAGAAUGAAAGAAUCCCGACUCGCUCGCCGGGAAACGGUCAAUGGUCCACACUAGAAAUCCUACUACAGGACAGAGUACGACGGCAAGACGCUUGGGAAACAGCGUUUCGGCCGGAUCGGAUUUAUAUUUAAGUAAUCAGUGAUAAUAAUCAUAGUUCCAUGCACAUCCGAAUUACCAAAGAAUUACUUAUAGGCGAUAGUUUGUCUCGCUAGCGAGAGCGCGAGUCGGGUCGAUGGGUGUCGUGAUAACAAUCGAUAUUCGGAAAGAAACGACGAAAAUGAAAUUUUUGCUUUUCGUUUAAAGAUAGACGAUAUAUAAGAGUCGAAACGAAACGAAACGCGUACGAACGCGUUUAUUUUUCUUUUUUCCCUUCCUCCCCACCCUCUCUUAACUCUUGCCCGAGGAUGCGAAUGGCUCUCAAACGAGCCAUUUCGAAGGGAGAGGGAUAGAUCUUUAUCAUCAUCGAGGAAAAAUUCCUUCUGCGCUAUCUUCCUUUUUAAACUCGCAUUCGAUGGAAGUAUAAAAGUAUGUACGAUCAUGAUGGAUCGAUACGGUCCCUAUCGCUUCGAUACCUCGAUCUUGCACGCGCGCGCACACACCGGCCCGACUACGCGCGCUGCUUCACUCCUCCUUUUUAGCCGAGUACCGUGUCACGAAGACACUUUUUGAUAACGGCGAUUUACGGGCUAGAGAAUCGCGAGCGAACGAACGAACGAGCGACAGGUGUGGUAAAACGGCGUUCCUCUCCUCGUGCCAAAAAAAAAAAAAGAAAAAAAAAAAGAAAAGAAAAAGAAAAAAAAAAGAAGAAGAAGAAACGUACAUACGAGGUAGGUAAGAUACGAAGGUUCUUUUUUUCUUUUUUGUGUACGAUGUGUACGAUCGAAUUCAAUUUCGCCUUCGAAAUUAUUAUUUUCCCUUGGCUUCUAAUCGAUCUUUGACGAAUCGAUAGAUGUUUGCGUUUAUUCGUAAUCGUUGGAAAAAUUCGAAGAAGAAGGAAGAAUUAUUCGUGGAAAAGUAAAAAGUUGUUCGUCUAAGCUGAGGAUUUGUUGGAUGUUUGGAUUCGAUCGAUAUACGAAAUACACACGUUCGACCACCGACGACACACAGUAUAUGUAUAUUAUAGGCAUAUGAGAAUUAGCGGACGGAUCGCAAAGUUUUUAGCCAGACGCGAGCGACGUAUUAAAUGAUAAGGCUUGGGAUCAUCGAGUGUCCCGACCAUCGUCGUGUAGCAAAGUGAUGGACAUCGGGGAAAAAAGGGGGGAAAAAAAAAAAAAAAAGAAAACCAAGAUAAGAAGAGGAAAAGGAACACGAAGUUUCGUGACACGCUCGUUGAGAGAAUUUCGAAACGAGAACGAAAAAUGAAAAAAAAAAAAAAAAAAGUAGAAACGUGGAUUCCUAUGACGAGAAGAUGAAAAUUUAUUUGUAACGCGCGAUCGAGAACUUAUAAUUUUUAUAUAUAUACCGUCGUAAUUAGAAAAAAAAAGAAAAAUGAUAUUUAUCGACUGCAUUAUCAAGCGACGAGACGUUUCGAGAUUAAAAAGAUGAUCCCGAUGGAAUUCUAAAGUACCGCGAUUCAUCCUCUACAUAUAAUAUCCCAAUUUGAAAAUUUCCACGCUCCUUCGACAAACAUCUCGUCAAUUAUCGCGAUUACCAUAGGACCAGCACAGCGCGCGCGGUCUUUUCUCACUUCUUUCCAACAUUUUUGCGAUCAACAAAUCUCCAAACAAAUCUCCCCCUCCCUCCCUUCCCCCGGAAGGUGGAGGCUCGACCAGCGUCGAAUCGGAAAUAAUGUGCAUAUAGUCGGCGGCAGUCGCGUGUUAGGCAUGUGUAGCAUAGCGAUUAAUGUACGUCAGCGUCUUAAAAGUCGAAACAAGAAACGAAAAAAGAAAAAAAAAAAAAAAAAAAAAAAAAAAAAAGAAAAAAAGAAAAGAAAAAAAAGAAAAGAAAAAAAAGAAAAAAUAAUAAUAAUAAUAAUAAUAAUAAUAAUAAUAAUAAAGCGUCGUGGGUGGAACAAUUAUAUUAAAAACUGUAUAGAUGAAAUUAAUGUGCAGCAUUCGAGUGCGGCUAUUAUCGUAUAAUAAAUAGUUACGUACAUCUGGACUUUGAAAA